CCCGGGAGGUGCGGUACGUUCCAGUACCUGUACCUGUACCUGUACCUGUACGUAAUUUCGUACGAAACCACAGACGCAUGUUUUUGAUUCAGAUUCCGAUCGGAACAAAGUCUUCCUCGCAGGCACGGCAGCCACACGGAUGCUUCGAACAGCAGCGGCAACAGCAGCAGCAGCAACGACAACGGCAGCACCCACCUCCCCACACCGACGACGCCACCCCACCGGAUCGCUCUCGAAACGGCCCCGCUCUGGUGUCGUUCUCCUCCUCAUCGCGAUACUCCUCGGCUCCACCACGCACACCAUGCUCCCGGCGUCGGCCCGCGCCGCCGCCUCCGCGGCGGGCAGGACCGCCCUCCGCCGGAGCAGCUCUUCGAGCGCCGGCGGCGACAAGGUAACGACGAUCGUCUUUGACGUCGACGACACCCUCUACGACGUCGCCUCGGGCUUUACCGCGCACCGGAACGGGGAGGUCGUCUGGAGGUUCAUGGUCGACCGCCUGGGCUUUCCGGACACCGCCACCGCCCGGGCCGUCCGGGACGAGUACUUUGCGGUCUACCACAGCACCGCCAAGGCCCUGACGGUGGCCCGGGCCGAGGGACGCUUCCCGGAGGGCGCCCCGGCCUUCGACCCGAAGGACCUCUCCUCCUACUGGGUGGACCACCUGGACUACGGCAAGCUCUUCGGGACGCGGGCCCACCCCACCGAAGAGGCGGCGAAGAAGGCCAAGGCGGCCUUUGGGGCCGCCCUCGCCGAGUGCCCCUGCGAGCUGGUGGCCUUUUCCAACGGGCCCCGGUCCUACGUCCUCAAGGUCCUCGACCGGCUCAGCCUCCUGGAGCUCUUUGGGACCGGCCGGUCCAGCAGGGACGGGGCCCUCGUCUGGGGGGUCGACGACGUCCUCCCCCACUGCAAGCCCGAGGCCGCCGCCUUUUCGGCGGUCUUUGGCGAGCUGAACGCCAAGCGACGGGACGCGGGCCACCACGACGAAGUCGUCCCGGAGGAGUGUGUCAUGGUGGAGGACUCGAUGAAGAACCUCCGGGCCGCCAAGGCCCUGGGGAUGAAGACCGUCCUCAUCACCGGGACCGGGGAGGAGGGGCGGAUCCUCCCCGGGGACGCCCCCUCCUCGGAGGACCCGGCGGUGGACGCGGCCUUUGCGACGGUCGAGGAAAUGGUGGACGGCCUCCCGGGCCUCUGGAGAGAUCCCCCGGUCUUCGAGCCGCCGAAAGGCUAGGCUGGGCCAGGCUAGGCCAGGCAGGCGCCUCGCACGGGCGAUUGACGGCAUCCAACCAUACAAGCAGCGGAGCCAAACGAAUCGCGACGGCUGUUAAGGAAGUUAGAGAACGCCUUUUUCGAAAAACAGAAGUUAGAAAACCAAAUCAACACUACGUAUUAUA